ACUAUAUCCUAAACUUCAACAAGAUCAAAUUAAGCAUCAAACAAGCUAUAAUUUAUUGCAUACACAAAAUUACUUUAGCUAUAAUUAAUUUUGAUUGAGUUGAAGAUGGUUCCAAUAUGCGUGCAAUGUGGCACAACAAGCAACCCUUGCCGGUGUAAGGUGGUGGGGCCUACACUGGGGUUCUUGGCGUUUGCGGCAGCUGCGGUGGUGGAGUGGCCGGUAGGAGCAGUUGUGUAUUGCUUUCGACACAUGAAGGGUCGCAAAAUCAUGGCUCAUCCUGCCACUGUCGUAUAUCCUAAAGUCACAAAUGCCAUCCCCAUCUAAAAUGUGUUCUUUCUACUUCUAAUAAUUAACUAUUCCAUUUAGUGUUAUAUAAUAUAUAGUUUUUAUGUAUCAAGCUACCAGCAUCAUAAUGUGUGUGAAUACAUAUAACACUAAGCGAGUUGUUAAGUUUGCUGUUGAAUACUUUGUAAAAGAAUAUUAUUGUUGAAUACUUUGUAAAAAAAUAUUAUUGUUGAAUAUCAA